AUGCCCAAAGCGCCAUCUUCGCAGCGGCGGGGCGCUCGUGCUACAGCACAGCACCGUCCUCUUGGACAGGAAAUUCGUGAAGAUGAAAUUGUAUCUCGUUUCGGUCGCGUUCGAGCACCGACUCAGCGCCAUAAGAAGAGCAAGUUGGAACACGAUGAAGGUGAAGACAACUCAGCGCCGGGUUCCUCUCUGAAAAUCACAGGAAGUCGCACUGGCACAUCCUUUGUUGAUCCGAAGCUCAGUCGCAACAUUUUGAGACUCGCUCGUCAACAACAAGAAGAGAUUGAGCGCGAAGAGGCUGAGUUGGAAGCAGAUGACGACGAUGAAACGCCAUCCGCAGUCAGACCUUUGGAGGCAUCCUUCCGUGAUAUGGAGGAAUUGGAGGAUGAAGAUGACGAAGACGAUGAUGAAAAUGUAUCGCUUGCUAGUGACGCUGACGGCGAAGAAUUUAAUGACCCCGACUAUGAGCAGCUAGACAUCCUCCCAGAAGAUCAAGCACUUUUGGAGCGGCAUGAUGAAGAAGAAGAACAGGCUUUGGCUGAUGAGGAUGCAGGUCGUCCGCGUACAAAGACCUUGGCUGAUUUAAUUAUGGCCAAAAUUGAAGCUUCUGAAGCUAGUAGUGGUGAAACAGCGCAAUAUUUGACAGAAGACGACUCGCGUCUGUUGCCCCCUGGCAUCAAUCCAAAGAUUAUCGAAGUAUACACCAAGGUUGGAGACCUCCUGUCGAGGUAUAAGUCAGGUCCUCUACCUAAAGCUUUUAAGAUCAUUCCUUCCUUGCCAGCAUGGGAAGAUGUGUUGUACAUUACGCGUCCUGAGACCUGGACACCUCAUGCCACAUUAGCUGCCACGCGCAUCUUCGUGUCCAACUUUAAGCCAGCCCAAUGUGAGAGGUUUUACCGACUGAUUUUCUUGGACAAGAUCCGAGAUGAGAUUCACGAAAACAAGAAGGUUAGUUACCACACGUAUGAAGCCAUAAAAAAAUCGCUGUACAAGCCUGCCGCUUUCUUCAAAGGCAUCUUGUUCCCACUUUGUGAUGGCGGUGGCGUGACAUUAAAAGAGGCGGCCAUCAUUGGUUCUGUGCUUUCGAAAGUUUCCAUCCCCGUACUCCAUUCAGCUGCAGCUUUGCUUCGACUUGCAGAGAUGGAGUACACUGGUCCGACAUCGCUAUUCAUCCGUAUUCUGCUUGACAAAAAAUACGCUUUGCCAUACAAAGUGAUCGACGGUCUUGUGUUUCAUUUUCUCCAGUUUGCAGACAAGUCCAAAGGGGUGGAAGUUACGCACACACGCCAAGGAAUUAUCGGUGAACGACGUAUGCCUGUGUUGUGGCAUCAAAGCCUGCUUGUAUUUGCUCAACGGUACAAACGCGAUUUGACGCCUGAUCAAAAGCUCGCGCUCCUGGAUUUGAUACGUGUACAGAAACACCCAGGUAUCGAGCCUGACAUCCGUCGCGAGCUUUCGACUGGAGAGUCGCGAGGUGAAAUGCUACCUGAGCCGGAUUAUGAUGACGAUAUGUCCAUAUAA